AUGGCGGUCUCAGAGGAAGAGUGUUCGUCUGCAAAGUCCCGAUCAUCGUCAUCAGCCUCCUCCAGCAGCUCUCACUACCUCGCCAAGUGCGUCCUCCGAGGGAGCGUUGUUCUUCAGGUUCUCUAUGGUCACAUCCGCUUUCCCACUUCCUACGACGUCGUCUUCGGGAAGGAGACUUCCAUAGAGUUGGUCAUAAUUGGUGAAGAUGGGAUUGUACAGUCUAUAUGUGAGCAGCCUGUGUUUGGUACCAUUAAAGACAUUGCCAUCCUACCCUCGAAUGACAAAUUCCGCACCCAAAACCCACAGAUGCUGGGUAAAGACCUUUUGGUUGUUAUUUCUGAUUCUGGGAACCUCUCAUUUCUCUCUUUUUGCAAUGAAAUGCACAGGUUUUUUCCUGUGACACAAGUUCAACUUUCUAACCCUGGAAAUUCAAGGAAUCAGCUUGGAAGAAUGCUAGCCAUUGAUUCAAGUGGCUGUUUCAUUGCUGCUAGUGCUUAUGAAAACCAGUUGGCUAUGUUCUCUGUUUCAGUGUCUGGAGGCAGUGACGUUAUUGAUAAGAAAAUAGUCUUCCCCCCUGAAAAAGAAGCAGAUGCUAGUGCUGCCAGAGUUCAAAAAGACAGUAUAUGUGGUACUAUAUGGAGCAUGAGCUUUAUUUCAAAGGAUCCUAGUCAAUCAAGUAAGGGGCAUAAUCCUGUACUUGCCGUUCUUCUAAAUAGGAGGGGGGCAGUCCUUAAUGAAUUGCUGUUACUGGGAUGGAAUAUUAGUGAACAGGAAAUUUAUGUGAUUUCUACGUAUACUGAAGAUGGACCGUUAGCACAUAGUAUUGUUGAAGUUCCUCAUUCUUAUGGAUUUGCUUUUAUGUUUAGGGAGGGUGAUGCUCUCCUAAUGGAUCUUAGAGAUGCACAGAUCCCAUAUUGUGUCCACAAAACAAGCCCAAAUUUCUUAUCCAAUGUGGUUGAUGAGGCAAAUUUUGUUCAAGAGUCAUCUAGAGGAUGUGAUCUAUCUAGAGUACUUCAGGUUGAUGAUGAAGGAGGUUUAUUUAAUGUAGCUGCAUGUGCUUUACUAGAACUAAGCGAUUUAGAUCCAAUGUGUAUAGAUGGUGACAAAUACAAUGUGAAUGUGACUUACAAACAUGUGUGUUCAUGGAGUUGGGAACCGGGAAACGCUAAAAAUCCCAGAAUGAUCAUUUGUGCAGAUACAGGAGAAUAUUUCAUGAUUGAAAUUAUCUUUGGUCCUGAUGGACUUAAGGUUCAAGAAUCUGAGUGUCUUUACAAAGGUUUACCCUGCAAGGCAGUUUUGUGGGUUGAAGGCGGGUUUCUGGCUGCAAUAGUAGAGAUGGGAGACGGGAUGGUAUUGAAAAUGGAAAAUGGGGGACUUCUUUAUGCAAGUCCUAUUCAAAAUAUUGCCCCAGUAUUGGAUAUGUCAGUUGUGGAUUACCAUGAUGAAAAACAUGAUCAAAUGUUUGCCUGUUGCGGAGUGGCACCGGAGGGGUCACUAAGGAUUAUUAGAAAUGGUAUAAGUGUGGAAAAGCUACUGAGGACUGCACCUAUAUAUCAAGGGAUUACUGGUACUUGGACAUUACGAAUGAAAGUAAUUGAUUCUUACCAUUCUUUUCUUGUGCUAUCAUUUGUUGAGGAGACCAGAGUAUUAUCAGUUGGUUUAAGCUUUACUGAUGUGACGGAUUCAGUUGGUUUUCAGCCUGACGUUUCUACUUUGGCCUCCGGUGUUGUAAAUGAUGGAUUGCUGAUUCAGAUUCACAAAAGUGCAGUUAGGCUCUGUUUACCCACCAAGGCUGCCCAUUCUGAAGGUAUUCCACUGCCUUCUCCGGUUUGCACAUCUUGGUUCCCAGAAAAUAUGAGUAUCAGUUUGGGGGCUGUUGGACAUAAUCUAAUUGUUGUUUCUUCGUCUAAUCCAUGCUUUUUAUUCAUUCUUGGGGUUAGAUUGCUUUCGGCGCAUCAUUAUGAAAUAUAUGAAAUGCAACAUUUGAGAUUGCAAAAUGAAUUAUCGUGUGUUUCCAUUCCUCAGAAACGUUUUGAGGGAACCAGUCUGGUGGAUAAUAGCUGUGCUGCCACCCUUCCAUUUGGAGUUGACAUCAGUAAUAUCUUUGUUAUUGGCACGCACAAGCCUUCAGUGGAAGUUUUGUCUCUUGUGCCUAAUGAAGGACUGAGAGUUCUUGCUUCUGGGACGAUCUCGUUAACAAAUACUUUGGGAACUGCUAUUAGUGGCUGCAUUCCUCAAGAUGUAAGGCUUGUAUUAGUGGACCGAUUGUAUGUCCUUUCGGGAUUGAGGAAUGGAAUGCUGCUUCGUUUCGAAUGGCCUGCUUCCCCAACAAUGCCUGUUGGAUCUCUUUCAGUUAAUACAAAUACUGUUUUUCCAUCAACAGGAAAUUCGUUUGGCCCGAAAAUAUAUGAUGUUAAGUUCUCUGAGAAGACAAAAGACAGAUUUCCUAUUGAACUUCAGUUGAUUGCUACACGUCGGAUUGGCAUCACCCCUGUUUUCUUGGUUCCUUUGAGUGACUCACUAGAUGGUGAUAUAGUUGUUCUCAGUGAUAGGCCUUGGUUGUUGCAUACUGCAAGGCACAGCCUCUCAUAUACUUCUAUCUCAUUUCAAUCUUCGACGCAUGUGACUCCUGUAUGUUAUGUGGAAUGCCCUAAGGGAAUUUUAUUUGUUGCAGAAAACUGUCUACAUUUGGUAGAGAUGGUGCAUAGCAAGAGGCUUAAUGUGCAGAAGUUUCAUCUUGGAGGCACUCCGAGGGAGGUCCUUUAUCAUAGUGAAAGCAGGCUAUUGCUUGUGAUGAGGACUGAUUUGAGUAAUGAUACAUCUUCAUCCGAUAUAUGCUGUGUAGAUCCUCUUAGUGGGUCAGUGCUGUCAUCUUUCAAACUUGAACCCGGUGAAACAGGGAAAUCCAUGGAGUUAGUGAGGGUUGGAAAUGAACAGGUUCUUGUGGUUGGGACGAGUUUAUCUUCUGGUCCAGCCAUAAUGCCUAGUGGUGAGGCUGAGAGUACCAAGGGACGUCUUAUUGUUCUCUGUCUUGAACAUGUGCAAAAUUCAGACAGUGGCUCAAUGACAUUGUGCUCAAAGGCAGGGUCAUCUUCUCAACGAGCAUCUCCAUUUCAUGAAAUUGUUGGGUAUGCUACAGAACAGCUUUCAAGCAGUAGUCUUUGCAGUAGCCCAGAUGAUACGAGCUGUGAUGGAAUUAAACUUGAAGAAACUGAAGCAUGGCAGUUUCGAUUGGCUUAUGUAACCAAAUGGCCUGGGAUGGUGCUUGCAAUCUGUCCUUAUCUUGAUCGUUACUUCUUGGCGUCUUCUGGUAAUGCUUUUUAUGUAUGCGGGUUUCCAAAUGACAAUUCCCAAAGAGUGAGAAAGUUUGCUUGGGCAAGGACACGUUUUAUGAUUACGUCUUUGACUGCACAUUUCACUACAAUUGCUGUUGGUGAUUGUCGUGAUGGUGUCCUUUUCUAUGCUUAUCAUGAGGAUUCCAAAAAGCUGCAGCAACUGUACUUUGAUCCAUGUCAGAGAUUAGUUGCUGAUUGCAUUCUUAUGGAUGUCAAUACUGCUGUUGUUUCAGAUCGUAAGGGAAGCAUUGCUGUUCUUUCUUGUGCAGAUUAUUUAGAAGAUACCGCAAGUCCAGAAUGUAAUUUAACAGUGAGCUGUGCUUAUUAUAUGGGCGAGAUAGCUAUGAGCAUCAGGAAGGGAUCAUUUUCAUAUAAACUUCCAGCUGAUGAUGUAUUGAAGGGUAGUGAUGGAAAUAUCGACUUCUCUCAAAACGCCAUCAUUGUGAGUACACUGCUUGGAAGCAUAAUAACCUUCGUGCCAAUAUCAAGGGAAGAAUAUGAACUCUUAGAAGCUGUCCAAGAUAGACUAGUGGUGCAUCCAUUAACUGCUCCUAUUCUUGGGAAUGAUCAUAAUGAGUAUCGUAGUCGUGAAAAUCCGGUAGGAGUACCUAAGAUACUUGAUGGUGACAUGCUCUCUCAAUUCUUGGAGCUGACUGGUAUGCAACAAGAGGCAGUAUUAUCAUCACCUCUUGGGGCACAAGGCACUGUAAAGCCCGGUUUGAAAUCACGAUAUGCGCUAAUCCCUGUUAAUCAGGUUGUGCAGCUCCUUGAGCGGGUUCACUAUGCCCUAAACUAA